GGGUCAGGACCAGUCCCUCCCUAAAAUGACCCUGUCGCUAGACGGCAAGCCCGUCGCGGUCGAGCUCUUCUCAACCUCCAUCCUGUCGAACCACAAGGUGCGCUCCCGCCAUGAGCGCUUCGUAUCGGUCUUGACGACCAAAAAGAUUCCCUACGUUUAUCACGACCUCGCCUCCGACCCAGAGGCCAAGUCACGCUGGCGCCGCAAGGCCGUAGUCGACCCGUCUAUACCUGGUCUUCUCGUCCACAACGAAUGGCGUGGGACAUUUCCAGAAUUCGAAGAAGCCGUGGAGUUCGGGGAGCUGGACCUCUUCUUGCGCAUCGACCAUGAACGAUUGCAGAAGGAGGCUGCUGCAUCAUUAUCAGCUUCAACGGCACCCCCCAGCGCAGAAUCAGAGGCAUGCGCGGCAACAAACGCCAUCGGAAUAGGCCUCCCUUCCACAGGCCGGAACGGGGAUCAAACAUGCAAAACGCGCAACUUCUCAUGUGCAGCCAUCCCGCCGCCUCCGCCGUUCGCGCCAGUGGGCAGCGGCAAGCGCGCCGAGUUCUCUGCUGACGAGUUCCUAGACACGCUCGGUAUUCAGGGCCUGACCCUCAGCGACGCAGAUGUCGAUUCACUGCUCAAUGGGAGUGACACUGUACCUCAAAAUCAGGCCGACGAGUUGGAUCAGACUUCUUCGACUGUCAGUUCGACCAUGACGGCUACAGGCGAGCGCAUCCCCUCGCGGACAUACAUUCCAUCGGCCAACGCUGGCGUCAAACCAUUGCGAUUCGCACGCAUGGGAUCUGGCACUGAGCCAACACAAGGGCAAACAGCAGCAGCAGACACCUCUGCCCCUCAACCAUCCGGCCUGCCAUCUAGCAUGAGCAUCGCCUCAUCUCUGAACGCGGGCGCCUCCUCCAGCACGCUGUCUCGCUACAAUGUCUCGCAACGCUCUGGCAAGGCCCUCGCUGCGGAAGCAGCCGCCAUGACGACUAGCCGACAGUUCAGUGGCAAGCAGCUGCGCGACGCCGUCGCAUCCGGGCACGACCUGCGCACGGCGAUGGAAGAGGUCAAAGCCCGCUCUUUCUCCUCCAGCGCCGCCGGCCGCAGCAGCAGCGGCGAGGGCUACGAGCCGGGCGUCGUGGGCGCCGAGACGGCCGACGAGUUGCUUGCUCAGCUCGGCCUUGGCGAUAUCAAGUUGACCGACGAGGAGGCCGACGCGUUCCUGCGCGGCGGCGAGAUUCCGCAGGGGCUCGAGAGCGGCGGUGAGCGCCUGCCACUGCAUGCGGCCAAGACGCCCGCAGACAAGGCGCGCGAUGAGGCUGCUGCGCGAGAGGUCGCGCUCAAGGCUAGGCAGAGGGGUUACGGCCAAAGCGGGGCCGCGGCGAGGAGGACUGAGAGCGUCGCGAGCAUUGCAAAUAGGCAAGGCGGUACCGGCACCGAUCCCGGUGAAAAGGUCGCCAACGAUGAGAGCUCCCUCGCCGUGCUACCCUUUUCCUCUGCAUCCACACUCGCGGCGGGCAUAGAAAAUGUGCAGCCAGAAGACGGCGGCGAGCCGAGCGAGCCACCAGCUGCCCCGGUCCAUGCUGACAUCGGUGACGAGAGCAUCAUUUUCCACUCCGAAGAGCCAGCCACGCCUUUGCAGAAGGACAUGCUGAGCGAGGGGGAAGCUGAGAUGGAGGGAAAGGCAGAGACAGACGAGGCAGACUCGAAUCAGGCAGACGCUAGCCAGGUGGAUGCUGACAAGGCGGGCGUGAGCCAGGCAGAUGGAAGCGAAACGGUGGAACACGAGACGGCGCCUAAGCCAUCGUCGUUCUCUGAGGACAUCGGGAGCAUGCCAGCACCAACACUCGACACCGCCACGGAGCCAAAUGCCGCAGCGAGUUCGACGGUAGCUUCUGAAGACACACCCACUCGGUCCGAUGAACCUUCUAUAGUCACCCAAACGACGUCGGUUCCAUUGCUGACUACCGCGGCAGCCGACUCAGAGGAAGUCACACCACGCCCAUCCCCCCCUAUCAUUGCAACGAGACUACCCACAAAUGACAAGGAAUCAGUAGCAGAUGGUUGUCCAGUCGUCUCGGCUGACUCGACUGUGACAAGUUCAGCGGUACCAGCUCCGAUGGAGCCGUCAGUCUCAGCUCCAGGUUCGGCAGCUCCUAUUGAUGCCGCUGCAUCAGAGAGUGAGGUCGUGUCUGCCGAGACUGCCUCCCAUGUGGAGACGGCGCCGACUAGACAUUCUUCUGUCUCUACGGAUUCGCCCGUCCCCAGCCCAUCAGCCACAUCGAGCAGUUCAUCUACCGCCACCCCAAGCACCACGGGUGCCGAGACAUCGACCACAUCAACAUCCUCCUAUGCGGCCUCAUGUGUUGGUCAAGUACAAGCCAACGAUCGCCCGCUCGAUCUAUUCCCACCAGCUAAGCCACGGACACCAUUCGCAUCAACCGCUGCAAUCGCAUCUCCUUCUGCGAUCCCGAAUUCAGCCAGUCCUUCGACCGCUGUCGGCCCAUCGAAAACCAGUGAGCUCGCCACUUCUCCUUCAGCUGCUGCCACCAUGCCAAAGUCGACGACAUCGUCUUCCUUCGAGGAUGACUUGUCUCGCUCGCCCCCCAAAUUCGACGCAAGUGCCUCCUCUCUAUCAGCCAUUAAAGGAGGUUCUACGGUUACCAUCAUUCACAACCAUAACUUGCAAUUCGACUCGCCGGCUCCGACGAGCACGAGCUUGGUCAAGCACGCAGCCGCCAGCCCGGAUACAACCACUACCGCAGCUGAUGCCACUGGCCUAAGCGUUACUGCGAGGACCUCGCCUUCUGGUUGUCCCGAGGCGCCGUCAGAACCGCCGGUUGCGACAACAGCAGCGAAGAAAAGCGGCCAUCGGCGCACUCUGAGUGACAUUCUGCGGGAAGCGGACGCGGCGAUGGAGGAAGGGGAAGACAUUGGCAUCUCCCAGACUGAGGGUGUGCUUGCGCUCGAUUAUUUAUAAGUCCCCAUAGUCCAGCCUCUGUAUCUAGCCCGCAGCUCUCGCAAGACGCGAGGACAAAAUUAUGUAGACUGGGAAGUACGUAAUUCAUGCCGCAGAUUUCACAC